AUGGCGGAUACAAAUACCGAACAAACCACCAAGCUGCAGCUUGACGAAGAGACUGGCGAAAUGGUCUCGAAGAAUGAACUCAAAAAGCGGAUGCAGAAGCGGGCCAAGAAAGCCGCUACUGCAGCAUCGAGGAAUGCCCAGCCGACGCCAGCACCAGAAUCGACGGGCAGGACCGUUGAGGCCAAAGAGAAUCUCGACCAGGAUGCCAUGUUCAAGCGUGGUUUUCUUGCCGAGGUCUUCAAGCUGCGACUCCCCAAAGAAGUUAUCACCCGUUUCCCACCGGAGCCGAAUGGGUAUCUCCAUCUUGGACACUCAAAGGCCAUUGCUAUCAACUUCGGGUUUGCAAGAUAUCAUGGCGGCAAGACCGUGAGUCUAUCUCUGGCGUUUGACGAUACCAACCCUGACGCCGAGAAGGAGGAGUACUUUGUGGCCAUCGAAGAGACAAUCCGGUGGCUAGGGUUCACCCCGUACAAGAUCACCUAUGCCUCGGACUAUUUCCAGCGUCUGUAUGACGUUGCCGAAGAACUGAUAAAGAAGGGGAAGGCGUACGUGUGCCACUGCAAUGAAAGCAAGACCAAACUGCAACGCGGCGGCGAGGACGGCUCAACGUCGCGAUAUCGGUGCGGACAUGCAGAACAGGACGUCGAGACCAACCUCAGCAAAUUCCGCGGCAUGCGAGACGGCGAGUACGCGCCGCAGACGGCUUGGCUCCGCAUGAAGCAGGACAUUGAGAACCCCAAUCCUCAAAUGUGGGAUAUUGCAGCUUACCGGAUCCCCAAGAACCAGCAGCCGCACUUUCGGACAGGCACCAAGUGGCGUAUAUACCCGACCUACGACUUCGCUCACUGCUUGUGCGACAGCUUUGAAGGCAUCACGCACAGCUUGUGCACCACCGAGUUCUUUAUGUCGAGAGAGAGCUAUGAAUGGCUCAAUCAACUCCUGGUGGAAUACCAGCCUAUGCAGCGCGAGUACGGCCGCUUGAACCUCAAGGGGACGGCCAUGAGCAAGAGAGACAUAAGAAGCUUGAUCGAAAACAACGUCGUCCGCGGCUGGGAUGACCCCCGGCUCUACACCCUCAAGGCGAUCCGGCGACGCGGCAUACCACCGGGCGCACUGCUAUCCUUCAUCAACGAACUCGGUGUUACCACAGCCAAUACUUCCAUCGAAAUCAAGCGUUUCGAACAGUCGGUUCGGUGCUACCUUGAAAGGACCGUUCCUCGCCUCAUGCUCGUUCUCGAUCCCCUCCCGGUAAUCAUAGAAGAUGCGGAAGAGCAGGACCUCGACGUCCCCCUUUCCCCCAAAGACUUCAGCAUGGGUUCCCGCAAGAUCAGGUUGACAAGAAGCAAAGACUACUUCCGUCUCGCCCCGGGCAAGACCGUAGGGUUUCUGCACAUGCCCUUUCCCGUCAAAGCCGUUUCGUUUACAAAGGAUGACGUCUCCGGCCUUGUCAAGGAGGUCAGGGCGGUAUUCGACAGGUCUGGAGCGAAGCCCAAAACGUACAUCCAGUGGGUGUCCGACGGCUCGCCCAGCGCCGAAGUGCGCAUCUAUACGGCCCUGUUCAACUCAGACCAGCCUGCGUCGGCGCCAGGCGGGUUCAUGAACGAUAUACGGCCAGACAGUGAGACCAUCUUCCCGAAUGCAGUCAUCGAUGCCGGCUUCUAUGAGGUUCGCCGCCGGGCACCAUGGCCCGCGGCGGAGGGCGAGAAGUCGGGCGAGAAGUCGGGCGAGGUCGGACCGGAGAGUGUGCGGUUCCAGGCAAUGCGCGUUGGUUACUUCGCCCUAGAUUCCGACAGCACGGACGACCGGACCAUCCUCAAUCGUAUUGUCCCUUUGAAGGAGGACUCUGGGAAGACCUAGAACCUUUGAACAAAGGGUUGGAGACGGUAUGUGAAUCCUCAUGCCCACUAUUAUGUACCCCAUCGACAAGACAGCGUUAUCCCUGACUUGACUUACAGCAUAGGUACGGUGGAGCUCCUUCAAAAUAGACCAAGAAUCGAACAUGAAACGGCGGUAAUUCCGGAGCUCCACCUCUGCAGGGCAGCCGAACAACAAAUUUUACAUCAA